UGUAGCAACCUUGGGGCACGGGCGCAGGCGAGUUUUUUGACAGCAUGAAAACACUUGGCUGCUCUUUUUGAUAACAAGCAGACACACAAUAAACAACGAAAAAGAGGGUAGCUCCCUGCAACAUUCAACGUUCGUUUUCUGCGAGCCGUGUGUGAUAAGCGUGUGCGUUUCCGUGUGUGUGCCCGUGUGUGUGUGUGUGUGUGAGGGAACCGUGCAAAAUCACUGUGUGUGCCUGUGCGUGUCGCAGUGCCCCCCAAAAGGUGGGCUAGAGCGAGCGGGGUGGGGGUGCAAAAUGGCGAACGUGCGUGGGGCGAUGGCUACUGGUGGUGCUGGGCGGGCGGCAGCAGCCUGCACGUCGUCGUAAACAGGUCGUCGAAUUGCUCGCUCCAAAACAAAUCGCCUCCAGCGCAACGAACCGAAGUCGUGGGUGUGGGAGCGUGUGUAUGUGGGGAGGGGAAGGGUAUCCUGCAAGCCCGCGCGUUAGUGUGAAGAAAUAAAAUAAAAAAGUGAAUAAAAAACCAAACGGAAGGAAUACAGCAGCACAUACGGAGUGUUCUAAACACUCUCUCUCACACACACACAAACGCGCGCUCCGCUCGCUAGUGGUUGUAUAGUGGUUUUGGGAAGUGCGGAGUGCGUGCGGCAGAAGCGGAAAGCGAAAAAUUGUGGUUACUGUGUGGUGGGCGCGCGUACGUGUUGCCGAGAACCGCAGCAGGGGUGGUGGGCGGUGGCAUGCUGUUAUCGGUUGCGGUGGUGGUGGUGGCGGUGUAGCGGACACGGCAGCCCUUUCGGCAGUGCGUUCGGGCGGCGGGAGUCCCCGUCUGAUUGCCGCAGCCUGCCCAGAACUCUGUGACUUCCUUCCUGUGGCUGAAAGGAUGUGGUGGUGGUGGUGGUGGCGUGCGUAAUCAACCCGCCUCCGCCCUCGCGACAAACCCCCCCCCCUUCCUUUUUUUGGGUGCAUCCCUCCUCUGCAAUCAGUUCUGCAGUUCAACAACAACACAACCCCCAUCCCCAAACCGAGCGGUGGUCGGUUGCUGUGGGGUUGGCACAGAUUUUUGGACAAAUCCACAAAAACAACAACAGGGAAAAGAUUUGAAGAGAAAAAAAAUCACCCCCCCCCCCCCCCGUGACCGUGAACAUCCGUGAACCAACCUGCCUGCACGAAGCACGAUGCACAGCUUCUUCAAUGAAAUGGCACGUGAUUCGACCAUGGGAAGAGACCGAGUACUAGUCGUGCCGAACACCGGUAUCGCCCUGAACAGCAGCAGCUCAUCGUCGCAGAUAGCGGCACCGGCCGACAUUAGCCAGCAGAUCCUGGAGCUGCAAAAGGAGCAGGAGCUCGAGAAGCAGAAACUAUGGCACGCGUUCCAGGAGAAGAAUAAGGAGCUCGAGAUGCAGCACCGCCAGCAGCUGGAGCACAAAUUUCAGGAGUUACGCGAUCAACGGAUAGCGGAGGAAGCGGCCCAGCAGCGGGAGCGGCGGGAACGGGAAGCGAUCAAGCGCAAGGAAAAGCACGAGUGCUGCGCGAACGCGAGCUCGGAGGUGAAACAGAAGCUACAGACUUUCCUGAUACAGAAGAAACAGGCCGCUGCAUCGAAUGGGUUAUCUUCCCCGCUGCCGUACAGAAAUUGGGGCGUCGUCAAAUCAUCGUCCGGAGAGUCACUCCCGGGCGGUGCCGUUGCAGCGGCCGUUAGCUCCCAUCCGUACAAAAUCCCUCCGCCGCCGAGCUCGAUCGCGAAGUACGAUCCGGACUUUCCGCUCCGCAAGACAGCAUCCGAACCGAACCUGCUGAAAAUUCGCCUCAAGCAGCGGGUGAUCGAGAAGCGCUCGCUGAACGGGCCACUGGCCGCCCGCCGCCAGGAGCGCCUGCGCCGGCUCCAGAAGCAGCAGCACAACCAGGCGCUCGCGCAAACAAAUUGUGCGGCGUCGGCUAGCGUCGCUACAACCGAUUCGGGCCCGAACUCGCCACCGACCGUGGGCAGCCGCGCUUCGCCCACGAACGCACCGAUCCAGGAGGAGAACGAGGACCCACAGUACGGCUCGGUAACGUCCCGUGCCAGCAUCAACGAUCUGUCGCUGUUCAGCUCCCCCUCGAUGCCCAACAUUUCGCUCGGCCGGCCGCACCUGGGCUCGUCUGCCGCCGCCUCCGUUGCUCAUCUGGCUCUGAACGCAACCAGACCGACGCAUCUCGGCGUGGGGGCAGGCAUCGGGGGCCAGACUGGCAGCGUACCGUUCGGCAGUCCGAUGCUGGACCUGAGCGAGCAGCAGCAGCGCAGCCAGAACGUGGCCGUGGCUGCGGCGGCCGCUGCGGCCGCUGCCGCAGCUGCCGCCGCCGCCAGCGGCGUGGUCGGGCUGGAGCGGGCCCACCUGGCCGCCGGUGGGCUGCAUGGGGCGGCCGGGCCCGGUUCGGCCGCCAGCCUCUACCACCACCAGCCCUCGAUCACGGACGCGCACGUGGCCCAGGCCCGGCUGCACAAGCAGGGGCACCGGCCGCUCGGGCGCACCCAGUCCGCGCCGCUUCCGCUCGGCCACCCGAUGCUGGCCGGGGCCAACAGUGCAGCAGCGGCCAUGAUGAACAUCAACCAGACGCACUUUGAGAACAGCGAGGCUGAACGGCAGGCGUACGAGCAGCACAUGCUGAUGAAGCAAAAGAUACGCCAGACGGCACUGACGCGCGCCGCCAACUGCGUCAACCGCGAGCCGCAGCUGCGCGAGGAGGUCGAAUCGAACGAGGUGAUCGACCUGACCGACAAGAAGCAGCCGCCGAAGACGGUGCUGGCGAGCAGCGUCAUCAAGAGCACCUCCCAGUCGCACCUGCUGUCGUCGUCGUCGCACGGCGUCGACGGCGAACCGCCGACCGCCCAGCAGCAGCAGCAGCAACAGCAGCAGCACCUGUCCGAGCUGAUCCACCAGCAGCAGCACUAUCACCGCGAGCGGGAGCUCUUUAUGCGCCGCUCGAUACAGCUGUCCGUGCUGGAGGACCCGUACUCGCACCAUGCGGGCAGCGCGGGCGGCAGUGGCGGCGCAGCGGCAGCAGCGGCGGCGGCAGCGGCCGCCGCCAACCUGCUGCGACCACUGUCCCGCACCUCCUCUAGCCCGCUCGUGCACCUGAGCUCGAUUGGAGGCGGUGGGGGCGGUGGAAGCGGCUCGGGCGGCGCCCAUCCGACGGCCCAGCAAAGCAUGUUCUCCGACACUGGGCAGGGGGCGGGCGGUGAUGACGAUCUGCCACCGCCAGUGAACCUGACCGUGCAGAACCGCAGCCGCUCGCUGCUGAGCUACACGCACGAGGGGCUGGCGGCGGCGAUGGCAUCGGCGUCGUCCUCCUCCCCCGCAGCGGCCGGCGCACUCGGUGGGACGGCCGGGGCGUCGUGCGGCAGCCCGCCCGGCAUGGCCCUGCAGCUCACUACCUCCUCGUCCGCGUCCGCCAUCAUCGGGGCGAGCCGCGAGCAGAAGCUGCGCCCCGCCACCACCGGGCUCGCGUUCGACAGCCUGAUGCUGAAGCACGUGUGCGCGUGCGGGGACAACGCGAACCACCCGGAGCACAGCGGCCGGCUGCAGAGCAUCUGGGCCCGGCUGCUCGGCACCGGGCUCGCCAUCCGCUGCGACAAGCUGCGGUCGCGCAAGGCGACCCAGGAGGAGCUGCAGACGGUGCACACCGAGGGGCACGCGCUCCUGUUCGGCACCAGCCAGCUGAACCGGCAGAAGGUGGACACGAGCCGCGUCAGCUUCGUGCGGCUGGCGUGCGGCGGCGUCGGCGUCGACCUCGACACGACCUGGAACGAGCAUCAUACGGCGGCGGCGGCCCGCAUGGCCGCCGGCUGCGUCAUCGACCUGAGCUACAAGGUGGCGCGGGGCGAAAACCGGAACGGGUUCGCGGUGGUGCGGCCCCCCGGCCACCACGCCGAGGCGGACGCGGCCAUGGGCUUCUGCUUCUUCAACUCGAUCGCGCUGGCGGCCCGGCUGCUGCGCCACCGGAUGCCGCACGAGAUGCGCCGCAUCCUGAUCGUCGACUGGGACGUGCACCACGGGAACGGCACGCAGCAGGCGUUCUACGACGACGCGUCCGUCCUGUACCUGUCCGUGCACCGGCACGACGAUGGCAACUUUUUCCCGGGCACUGGCGGCCCGGCCGAGUGCGGGGUCGGCACCGGCCUCGGCUACAACGUGAACGUGGCCUGGUCCGGCGGCGUCAACCCACCGCUCGGCGACGCGGAGUACCUGGCCGCGUUCCGCACGGUGGUGAUGCCGAUCGCGCGCGACUUCGCGCCGGACAUUGUGCUCGUGUCGGCCGGUUUCGAUGCGGCCGUCGGGCAUCCGGCCCCGCUCGGCGGGUACGUGGUGUCGCCCGCCUGCUUCGGCCAUCUGACGCGCGAACUGAUGCAGCUCGCCAACGGCAAGAUUGUGCUCGCGCUAGAGGGCGGUUACGAUCUGCCUGCCAUUUGCGAUUCGGCCGAGGAGUGCGUGCGGGCACUGCUCGGCGAAAGCACCUCCUCGAUCGCACCGUCCGAGCUGGCUCGGCCCCCGUGCCAGGCAGCGGUCGAGACGCUGCAGAAAACGAUCGCCAUCCAGGUGUCGCACUGGCCGUGCGUCAAGCGGCUCGCCCACACGGUCGGCCUGUCCGCGCUCCAGGCGCACAGCAGCGAACGGGAAGAGUCGGACACGGUGACCGCGAUGGCCGGACUGUCGAUGCAGCCCCUAAAGAGAACGUCCGAUGUGUCCUGCGAAGACUCCGAGGAACCGAUGGACCAGGAUGAGUCCAAAUAAUUGUAAAUAAGUAUGUGCGUGUGUAUGUGUGUAUGUGCAUGUGCGUGUGGUGGAGAGUGGGGCAAGACAAAACCUCCCCCCUCCCACCGGUCACCACGAGCACGAACUUUGACGCGUGAAAAAAAAAAAUUUUUUUUUGACUAUCGUUUAGCUAUUGGGAUCGAUUAGGCUGUCGUUUGAUAGAAGAAGGAGAAGAAAAAACGAACAGAGAUAUAGAUUGGAUAGAGGGGUAUAGAUAGAGAGAGAGAUUGAGAGCGAUACCUACGGUAGGAAUUUCCAGUCGUGGAAAAGUGAAACUUUUCCAAUUGGAUGGAAAUUGUUGUGUUAAUACUUUUUUUCUUCUGUUUUGUUUUGUAAUCCCUAUUUGUGGGCACGCUCAGAAAGUUGCUAGUUGUUUCCUCUAUACGAAUGUGUGUGUGUGUGCAUGUGUGUUUGUGUCGUGUGGAUUGGGACACAGCACCGUGUGCAGUUGGGCGACCCGCGUCAACCACGGGUACAGGUCGGGAGGAUGUCUUUGGAACGAAUCGAUGUGAUGUGUUAAAUGUUGAACCAUAUUUUGUUGUUAUAUCGACUGCACGGUGCAGCUGGUAUCCACACCCUCAUACUCGCACAAACACACGGCCACAUAACCGCAUACACACACAUAUACACACCAACCAUCUUCAUAUUAGAUUACUAUUGGCAAUAACUUUUAAAGUGGGAUAAUCGUAACAGCAAAAAAAAAAAAAACAACACAUGAAGAGACGACAGAGUAUGUGGGUAUGUGUAUGUGUGUAUGCGUCUGUGUGUAUGUUCAUGUGGGUGGCGGUGGAAGUUGUUCAUCGAAACGUGCAAUUAUUCAAGCGGGAAGGGGUGCAGGAUAAUAAUACUUAACAGAUUAGCUAUUGUACGCGUUUGGUGAAAGCGUAAAGCGUAAAAAUUAAAUGUUAGUAAAGGUGUUUGUUCUUCUGUGGCUGGGAUGGGGGGGAUGAGAGUGUUUGCGUCCGUUGUGUGUACGCAACCUUCUGCUAUCCUCUCCGCAUUGUGCAUAUAUGGAUUAUAUAGAUGGAACAGGAGAAGAAAAAUAAGAAGAAGCAAAAACAAAUCUUUCAUAUUUAAUGAUAGUAGAAAUAAUUUGUUGGACGGGUCCGCUACGGAGCUGAGAGAGAGAGCAAGAAAUAGAGGUAGAUGAAAAGAGACGAAGAUAACAGUACGAAAACAAACAAAGGAUUAACAAACAAAUCAAACAAACAAAAAAUCUAUUAUACGAAAAAAGAGAGAGAGAGAAAAAAAACAAACACUCACACUCACACAUGUUGAAAACUAAAUACUGCGUCUACUGCUUUUUGUAAUUGUGCGAGCCGCGGUUGUAAACUAUAUGUUUUUCUUUUGAAAAAAAAAUAUACAUAUAUCGUAAUGAGUUCCUUCCGGUUUGCAAAAUUUGUGUGACAAGACCGAGAGAUAGCUAGGGUGUGUGUGUGUGUGUGUGUGUGGGGGGGGGGGGGGGGGGUGGUCUGGAAAACAUUUUUACACACUUAGAGAACACAGUUAGAUAGAGCAAAUUGGACCGAUGCAGGCGCUCUUAGCAUCGAGCAGAGCGUUGAGGAAUGUUUUCGAUAAAAGACACAGUUUUUUUUUCUAAUUUCCAUCUUCCUUCAUGACCAUGACACAGUUUGUAACACACAUGUAUAUGCACACAUACACAUUAAUUCUUUUACAAAUUAGCACACAGCCACACACACACACACACACCACACACACACACACCACACACACACAACACACACACACACACACACACACACACACACACAUCUGCACAUUGUUGUACACAUCCGGUCGGGACAGAGAAUUUCGUAAAUCCCUCCACUGUGAGCAGAUGUUUGCCAGUAGUAUCGUGGCUCAAACGAGACUUAGAAUUUCAUGUUGGUCAUUGUUUUGUUUCCCUUGUUACUCCCUGUGUCUCCUUCUACUUGUGAUAGGUUUUACUCCGGCAUCAUCCUUCGGAAAGCUUCCCCUGGGGGGAAGAGCAUGGUAGGAUUUGUCUGCUCUUGUUGUCUAUAACUGGUACUGUUUGUUAUAAAAAAAAGAAAAAAAAACAAGUUAUCGAGCUAAGCCAGAAGGGGAAAUAUACAGAGAGAGAGAGAGAGAGAGAGAGAGAGAGAGAGAGAGAGAGAGAGAGAGAGAGAGAGAGAGAGAGAGAGAGAGAAAGAUAGUGAAACACUAUAGCAUAUUUUAAAGAUAUAAGGUUUUUGGUUUUUGACUAGUGGGUGAGAUUUGGAAAAGUGUUACUAGAGUUGUCCAGAACAGACUAUUUUUAUGCUGCUCUCUUGCCUCUAUUCUAAUACGCAGGGCCAGUGUUGCACUGUGGGGAGAAGAAGUAAAUUAUAGCAAAUUACAGCGCAACAAGGUGCAACGCGGAACCCUCUUACAUUAUGCGUGACGCGCAGCGAAGCUUUUAUAAAGAGCUAACCAACGAUUUAUGUGGUGAUAUGGAUUGUGUAACACAUGAUACUAUACCUAUGGUGUGUGUAUGUGCGUGUGUGUGUGUUGUGUAUAAUUUAUAACAAACAAACAUACAGAAGAAAAAAAACAUACAAGUGCACCAAAAACUGUCACGAAAAUAUUCCGUCUAAAUUAUUAACUUCUAAGCAUUGUAACGGUCGUACAAGUAUUUUGAACAAAACAAAAACAUAAUACAACAAAAAUUGCUAGAGGCAAAGAGGUGCGAUAAGGAAGGAAGAGAGAAAGAGAGAGAUAAAAGAGAGAGAGAGAGAGAAAAUUAAAGCAGCAGAAGCAACAAAACAACGUAAUAAAACAAAGGAAAUAACGAACGUAUCAAAAGAGUUAUUAAAUGUUAAAAUGUGUGAGUGUGUGUGCGUGCGCGAGUUUUGUGUGUGUGUGUGUCAGUGGGUGUGUUUGUGGGAAACAUUUAUGUAUAAAAGUACACAAGACAGAAACAACACAUUAGCAGGAAACAAA